AUGAGAGCAGAGCGGGUCACGUUAACACCAGUUUUAGAAGAACGCCCAAGAUAAGGAGCCAGAGAUGGACCACUCCCCGAGUCUGAGCGUCUUGCUUCUGGCCUUGUUGGCUGCCCAGGGGGGCUCUGGUGGCGCUCUACGCAGCCAGAUUGUCGGAGGGCACGAAGCCCCGCCACACUCUCGACCUUACGCGGCAGCUCUGAAAGUAAAUGGCCGCUUUGGCUGUGGGGGCUUCUUGGUGGCCCCUCAGUGGGUGAUGAGUGCAGCCCAUUGCAAAGGAGAUAUCCUCGUCAUUCUGGGAGCCCAUGAUUUGAAUGCAGUAGAAGAAACCCAGCAAGUGUUCGGCGUUGAAAGCAUCCAUGUGCACCCAGACUUCGGCAGACGUGGUCGGGCGCCAUACAACGACAUCCUUCUCCUAAAGCUGGAUCGCGAAGCCAAGCUCAACAAGUAUGUCCAACUCAUCCCUUUACCCCAGACUGAGAACUAUCUCCCCAAAGACACUGAGUGUGUCAUCGCUGGCUGGGGACGCAUCGAUGCCACGUAUCGACCCUCAUCCAAGCUUUUCAUGACCAAUGUCACGCUCCCUGACCGUAGGAUGUGCCUGAAGUUCUUCCCAGGACUCACCGACGGGAUGGUUUGCGCGGGAGUUCGUUCCAAACUCUGCGACGUCAGCAAUGGGGAUUCCGGAAGUGCUCUGGUGUGCAACGGAGCGGCCCAUGGGGUAGUCUCCUACGGCUACCAGGUGCCCCCGUCAAUUUACACCCGUGUGGCUAAUUACCUUCCUUGGAUCAGAAAGGUCAUGGAACAAGGCCCGGAAAUGCAAAAACCACCGGCCUUCUGAGCCACCUUGAAGCCAUUCACACCUUUUGCUGAGCUGCUGUGUGUCUCCACUGGAGUGAGUUAUGUGAGCCUGAUUCAGCAAGAUUCAUUAAAUAAACCAUCCCUGCAUU